GGCGGCAAGGAGGCGAGUCCGGUGCUUCGUGCAAAAUCCUUCCGCGCAGCUUGCAUCAAGGCUCAUGUCACACAGACUAUGAGCAUUGCUAUAAAUUUAUACAUUUGCCUCUUUCAGCAGUCCCCAGUCGUCAUCUCGGGCGUCCGCUCAUCGCCGUAUCUUCCGCAGUGGUGGAAUAGCUAAUAGUGUGAGCAUGGAGAAUAAAGGCGUGGGGUGGAGCGAUGCGGCGGUGGGAUGCUGAGAGGUGCCGCGCUGCAGAGUUCUCAGUCUGCUGUGGGAAGUGAGAGAGAUGAGUAGUGGUGCGUCGGGAGCUGUGUUGUUACAUGCAGCACGCUUUUCACGGAAUACUUUACAAUCACAUGAACUGAACACCUUGAAUCCCGUGAUUAUUUAGUAUGAUGGAAGCAUUGCCGUUUAUGGCAUUAAGAGCGGAAUGGUUUGUGUAUGAAAACAGCAGAGAAAACUGUUCAAAUACUUUACAAUAGAAAACUGUACUCGUUAGUUCGCAUUGUUGAAUGUGUUGAAAGACAACACAUUUAUGUGCUCCAGUCUCUUCAACAUUUGCUGGCAAGCAGCUCCUGUCCAUUACUGUCCGCAACACUCAGAAGCUACUUAUAUAUUGACUGACGAACACACUCACACAUGUAUUUUUUAUCUUUCUUACUUUGGGUGUAAGACAUUCAGCGUGAAGAACAGGUUGCCAGCCUGGGAAGAAAAUAACUAUCAUAGUCCUUACGUGGCUAAGGAAUAACUUGGAUCACUCUGGAAAAACUUGCCGCUUACAGUGUUGUUAUAAGCACCGGUACAUGUGAAGAGAGUGGUCGGCUGGCGAGCAGUGAGCGGCCACAGGAUGAGGGGGCAAGAAGGACAUCCAUCACGCCUCGCCUUGCUUGGCUGCCUGGCGUCUUUGUGUGUGGCGAGCGUGAAGGGCUUCGCCACGCAGACAGCAUGGACAACACAAACUUUAGAAAGCAUUUCCCUCGCCGACAAUCCCUCGCCCCAAGGACCUAUUUCUGAACAGGAACGUCCUACUACCACACACGGUAUUACUGAGGAUGCACCGUACUUUGUCUCACCGCCGCUCAGCUCCGUCAGAACCAGGUUGGGCCGGCCCGCCGUACUCACUUGCGUAGUUAAGCACUUGGGAAACAGACAGGUCUCAUGGAUCAGAGGUCGGGACCUGCACGUGCUCAGCUACGGCCAGGUGACAUUCUCUUCGGACGCAAGGCUCAGCGUGUCUCAUUCCGAAGACUCAUGGACACUCACCAUAAAAUUUUCACAGCCCCGCGACGCCGGCGCCUACUCGUGCCAGGUCAACACUCAGCCACCGCAAGCCGUGUGGUACAACCUCACCGUUAUAGAGGCGCGGGCCAACAUCCUGGGAAAGGAGACGCUGUACCUACAGUCUGGCAGCACCAUCUCCCUGCAGUGUGUCAUCAAGGAACAGCUCGCCAUCCCAGUUUCAGUGCUUAGAAAAAUCCUGUUUGUUGUCGGAUAUGUACAGUACUUGGGAGGUUCUGUCUAUUGCGGCAGGUCUGGUGCUCUGGUAUCAGGACGACCAUUUAGUGGAGCGACAGUCAUCGAGGAUAAAAGUGACCACGAGAGUAACCAACGUCACUACCAGUACUCUGACUGUGGAGGCUGCGAGGCUACAGGACUCCGGCAACUACUCGUGCUGGCCUUCUGCUGGCCGACCUGACAGUGUCCUCGUGCAUGUUAUUCAAGGGGAUCCACCGGCAGCCAUGCAACACGGCAGCUCCGCUCCGGGAGCAUGUCCCUUCCUGUUGGUGCCCAUGAUCCUCACCUCACUCAUGUUUCUCCUGACGUGACCCUGAAGCUAUAUUUGCUCGCCGUCAUAUCCACCCUCCCGCCAGGGUGACACAGAUCUAUCCCUCUUUCUAACA